AGGACGCGUCGCAUAUAAUUUAAUAGGCGCGCUAAUCAUGUGAUUCUAAAAUCAGCCGCCGGCCGAAGCCGUUCUGCCUCGCAGGCUGGUGCCGAUCGAAUGCGCCUUGAUAUGCGCCCUUGAAACUUCAUCGGCUCGGGUGCCUUUGACGUCUUCACUCUUGAAACCGACAUCAACACCAAGGGUGGGCGAACGCCACUCGCCCUCUCUCUCUCUUUGCGCUCAAGGGUUUCGCAUCCUUCUAGCAACGCUCUUCCCGCUGAGGACAACUCUGACGGCGAAGUCGUAAGGAGCCUACAAGCUACCAUAUACGUGAUCUCUUGCAGAUGUUCUCCCACCGGUUUGCUAGCCUUCCAAUAGGACUCAGAGUAUCAAUCACGUCUUUCGGUCAACAUGCAUCUUCCCGCACGAGCACGACUCUCAGGCUUGUACCGCCCAUACGUCACUUUCACCGCACCAAUCCCUCUUAUGUCCCUUUUUUCACAAAAGCGUGCAUCCGACCUCCAGCAUGGCGUAGAUUAUGGUGGGUGGCCCCGGUCGUAGGUGGUGUUGUCUUGUGCUAUUCUCCGGGACAGCCUCUGCACUUGCCCUCUAUAUUCUCUUCCCCGACCCUCAUCCCCUGCAAUGAGUGCAGCCCCCGAUUCCCCGAAGAAGAGUUCAUAGGAUCACCACAUGAACCUCACCGAUCCAUUGCUUUCCGCAUAUUCGACCUUCUAAGAGACCAUGUUUGGGAGCCCAUCCUUACAGCUCGCCGAUUCAUUUAUCUUUUCUAUCUCUUCGUCCCAGUUAUCAUUUCUACGCCCAUGCUGCUGGUGGGUAAAGCAGAGAGGAGGCUAUCUGGUGAUAGAUGGGGCGCUGUCUGGUGGUACAAUCUCCUCGUUUCUCGUAUGGAAGCGGCAGGUCCGACAUUCAUCAAGUUAGCUCAGUGGGCCGCCUCAAGAGCGGAUUUAUUCCCUUUCCUGCUUUGCGAAAAGAUGGGCGCGUUGCAGUCACACGCCAAAAAACAUUCAUUUGAACACACAAAGCGCAUCAUCGAACGCGUUUUCCAACGGCCUUUCCACGAAGUGUUCGAGGAGUUUGACGAAAGCCCCAUUGGGACAGGCGCUAUCGCACAGGUCUACAAGGGUACUUUGAAACAGGACUUAAUUCCUAUAUCUUAUCUUGGCCCAAAACGACAAGCCAAGUUGCCGGGCUCCGUCAUUGCUCCUGUUAUUAUGCAAGAUCCACCCCCGUCAGUCCCUACAGCCUCUGUUGCAAUCAAGAUCCUUCAUCCUCGUAUCCAAAAGACCAUUGCGCGAGACCUUGCGAUCAUGUCUUUCUUCGCCAACAUCAUCACGUUGAUACCGGGCGUGCAAUGGAUCUCUCUUCCGGAGGAAGUCUACGUCUUUGGCGAUAUGAUGCGUCAGCAGCUGGAUCUCCGGCACGAAGCGGAGAAUCUUGUCAUCUUUGAAAAGAAUUUUGCACCAAGGAAUGUACCCGUCACAUUCCCUCGCCCGCUGAAAGAGUUUUCCAGUCGGGAGAUUCUUGUCGAGGAGUAUGAAAACGCUCUUCCUCUCGAACUGUUCUUGAGGAAUGGGGGAGGGCCCUACGACGAACAGGUGGCUACGUUGGGUCUAGACGCAUUUUUGAACAUGCUUCUACUUGAUAACUUUGUACAUUCAGACUUGCACGCCGGCAAUAUCAUGAUCAAGUUCACAAAGCCGCCCACCACCGUGGAUUUCCUUCGCAACAUGUAUAGUUCCUUGUUCAAAAAGAGUGCCCACCAUUUGAUACAGGAGCCCCUUGAAUCCGACACCAUCGUGGGGCGCCUUCGCGAACUCAGGCAUUCUCCACCUGAGUGGCAAGCUGAGCUAACGGAGCUAUCAUGUGCAGGUUAUAUUCCGGAAAUCGUCUUUAUUGACACUGGCUUGAUCACGACUCUUAAUUCCACGAACCGCAAGAAUUUCCUGGACCUUUUCCGGGCUGUGGCCGAGUUUGAUGGCUACCGAACAGGGCAACUCAUGGUUGAACGGUGUCGGACUCCUGAAUUAGCGAUUGAGACAGAGACUUUUGCGUUAAAAAUGCAGCACAUUGUGCUCAGUGUCAAACGAAAAACGUUCUCCUUGGGACAAAUCAAGAUCUCUGACAUCCUCACGGAUGUUCUCGUGGCCGUGAGGCAGCACCACGUGAAGAUGGAAGGUGACUUCAUCAACACAGUCAUCUCCAUCUUGCUACUGGAGGGCAUUGGCCGACGAUUGGACCCUACUUUGGACUUGUUCAAGAGCGCUCUACCCAUUUUGCGUCAGCUCGGGCGUCAAAUGACUGCUCAAGAGUCAAUGACACAGCUACCUCAGGGUAACCUUGCAUCAUUGCUGAAGGUUUGGGUAUGGCUAGAGGCUCGCCAGCUUGCUUCCUCAGCGUUCAUCAACGUGGAUAACCUUGUCAAAUACGACCAGCUCGUCCCCAGCGUUUGACAUUGCAUCAUUGUCUAGAUCCUAGAUUGGCACUGUGUACCCUAGAGGCAGACAUUUCAUAGAUAGAAUACGUUAUAGCAUGUAAAUAGACACGCAACUAGUAAU